AGAAUAGUUUCCCUUGACAUUCAUAAUGUACAAAAGACCAAAGAGGUCGAAAAAGUAUUCUACUUUGGCAAACGCCACCUCACAAUACCUAAAGCCAGUCAAACCACCUAAAAGUGGACAAAUCAUUCACAUCAUAUAAAACAACAAAUAUAAAAAAUGUUUUAAAAAAAGAAAAAAAGCACGUGCCAAAAACUGAAAAUACCUUUUCUGCCUCAUCUCCAAAACUGAAGUUGGGGGAACCAACACCUUCUCGAUUGGGUUCGGCGCACCCAACACUCCCCUCCAAGUUUCUGCUUAAUCCUUCUCUUUUUCUCUCUCUUUUUUUUUUUUUUUAAUUUCUUCUUCAUCCAAAAUAAAUAAAUAAAUAAAAAUAUUUUUUUUUUUAAAAAGGGAUAAAUAAGAACAAGUUAACUCCUAAGUUCGAAGUCCCCACAAGCUAAUAAUAAGGCUGUGUAAAGAGGUAAGCUUAAGAAAAUCAAAUUGGUCACGGCGCCGUUUUGGGUUACUGACAAAUCAUUAUAAGAAGCUGCAUCUCCCACAACAUACUCCACACUCCACCUCUACUCUCUUCUCUUCUCUUCUCGUCUCUUCUCUUCCACCCUCCCCAUUGCUUUGACGUUAAUUCCAUUUGAGGUUAGGAAUGAAAAUGAUGAACUGUUUGCAGAGCUGGCCAGAGCCAAUUGUGCGGGUGCAAUCCCUAUCUGACAGUGGCAUACAUGUCCUCCCAGACAGAUACAUCAGGCACCCAUCUGACCGCCCCUCCUUCACCCCCAUCUCUACUCACGCCAACAUUCCUGUUAUUGAUCUCCACUCUCUGUUGGCCGCCCGCGAUGCACGCCUCCGCCAGGCCACCCUCGACCGCAUAUCGGGCGCGUGCAGAGAGUGGGGUUUUUUCCAGGUGGUAAACCACGGGGUGAGACCCGAGCUUAUGAAAAGCAUACGCCAAUUGUGGCGUGACUUCUUCCACCUCCCGCUUGAGGCGAAGCAGGUGUACGCCAACUCCCCCGCCACAUAUGAAGGGUAUGGGAGCCGUCUCGGGGUGGAGAAGGGUGCGAAGCUCGACUGGAGCGACUACUUCUUUCUGAACUAUCUGCCGGAGUCUGCAAGGGAUGAGAACAAGUGGCCUACUACUCCAGAAUCCUGCAGGGAACUGGUGCACGAGUACAGCAAAGCUGUGGUUGAGCUAUGUGGAAUUUUAAUGAAGAUUUUAUCGGUGAACCUUGGACUAGAGGGGGACCAUCUCCAAAACGCAUUUGGAGGGGAUGACGUUGGGGCAUGCCUGAGGGUGAAUUACUACCCCAAGUGCCCACAACCAGACCUCACCCUCGGCAUUUCACCUCACUCCGACCCCGGUGGCAUGACCAUUCUCCUCCCCGAUGAUGACGUUUCUGGCCUCCAAGUCCGUAAAGGCGAGCACUGGGUCACUGUUGAGCCUAUUCCAGAUGCUCUCAUUGUCAACCUUGGGGAUCAGAUUCAGGUGAUAAGCAAUGCAAUUUACAAGAGCGUGGAGCAUCGGGUAAUCGUGAAUUCCAUAAAAGAGCGCGUCUCACUAGCCUACUUCUACAACCCUAAGGGCGAUUUGCUCAUUGAACCGGCUAAGAAGCUUGUGAGCAAGGAUCGACCAGCAUCAUAUUCAGCAAUGACGUUCGAUCAAUACAGGCUUUUCAUUAGGCAAAGUGGUCUUUGGGGUAAAUCACAAGUAGAAUCUCUCAAAUGUUCACAAUAGCCAAAUAUCAUCCAUGUAAAUUAUAUUAAUGUAAUUGCUGAGCCGUGGCAGUUGAAGGGUCAAAUCAAAUAGCAUUUAGUGAAAAAAAAUUCCCUCGUAAGUGAACUGCUAUUUGACAUUUUUGGUUCUGUAACUACUUCCACAUGGAACUAAUAUGAUUGGGCUCAAAUAUUUUGCAUAAA